AUGAACGCGAUUCGGUCGGCCCUCGCGAGGGCGCUCUCCGCCCCGAAGCCCCGGCCGCCGCUGGCGCGCCACUACGCCGCCGUCGGCGAAACGCAGCCGGAGCGGGUGGCGGCGGAGAUGGUCCGCUACGCCCUCGGCGGCGCCGGGCAUCAGAGCUCGUCAGAGAACGCGAUGCGGAUACUGGAGCAGGGGGCGUCGAACCUGCAGGGCGGCGGCGAGGGCGCCGCCGAGGCCGUGAGCUUGCUCAUGCUCGCCAUGUCCACGCUGCUAUACAGGAGUGGAAGACGCGAAGAUGCAAUGGAAAAGCUCAAAGCAACCCAGCAAGUCGCUCCUUCUGCAGCUUUCAGAGUUGCUGCAUGGGAAGCACUAAUGGGAAUUCGCAUGGAAGCAAGCCAGGAUGUCUCCUCAUCGAUGUCCCCGAAUGAUUCAGUUGAUUUGUCAAUCAAAGAAGAAGAAAUCAAAUGGUCUGAUCAGGACCAUCUGAAAUUUCGGGUUGAUGCAAUCAGAGGACUUGCUGCUCUUCUAAAUGGAGAGAUAGACUCAGCCCAGACGCUCUUUGGUGGGCCCAACAGCUGCUAUGCUGCAGUAGGCAAUAACCAAACAGAAAAUGCUGUCUUUACAUAUGGUGAAUAUCUGCACUGUACUGGGGAUUUUCCUUUGGCAACACAAAUGUAUGAAAAGGUUCUUGAGGCAGCAAGCAGAGAAGAUAUAUUUGGAAAUCUGUUAGCAGCUGGAAAUAUGGCUCCUGAGGAGGUUUCUCUGGGUGCCACUUGCUCAUACGGCCAGCUUUUAUCUCAAUCUGGGAAGUUUGAUGAGGCAGAGGACUAUCUCACAAGAGCACUGCAGAAGGCUGAAGAACAAUUCGGUUCAAAUCACCCAAAGGUUGGUAUGGUAUUGACUUGUGUAGCAAGAAUGUAUAAACUGAAAGCAAAAUCUGAAGGUUCUAGUUCAAUAAUGGUUCAGGAGGGGCUAUACAGGAAGGCUCUAGAAGUAUUGAAAGCACCUGCCAUCAACUCUGAGGACACAAGAAGGCAGGUUGAUUGGAGAGAUAUCAUUUCCCUUGCUAGAGGCGAGUAUGCUGAACUGUUGCUUAUCCAGUCGAAUAGGAAGGCAGAAGGUGAGCGAAUGAAGGAGUGGGCAGAGGAUGCCUGGAAGAAUCGUAGGUUAACAUUAGCCCAAGCGUUGGAGUUUUCAGAAGUAUCAAAGCCUACAGUGGUUGAUACCCGUAUCGGCAGGGUGAUAUAG